AUGGCAACAACAGCUGGCAAAACUACUUGUGUUAAAUGUAAAGAACCAAAAAACACAGUGAAAUGUGCUGGAUGUUUCCAAGAGUUUUGCCUCAAUCACAUGUUCGAACAUCAUAAGGAACUGAGCGAACAAUUAGAUGCAAUUGAACAUCAAUUUAAUGAAUUUAAAAUUGAAAUUGACGGACAAAAAGUUGAGUCACAAAAACAUGAAUUAAUUGAACAAAUCGAUAAAUGGGAACGUGAAUCGAUCGAAAAGAUUCGACAAGUGGCCAAUGACGCUCGUAAUGAACUUACAUCAUGUGUCACCACAUUUUUCACAGAUGUCGAUCUUAAAUUGAAACAAUUAACAGAACGACUUAUUAACUGUCGCAAAGAGGAAGAUUUUAUUGACACAGAUGUUUACUUUUUCGAUGAAGAACUUAAACAAUUGAAAGAUACUCUCAACAAUCCAUCAAAUUUCAAAAUUGAACAACAGUCAACAUCUUUCAUCAAUAAAAUUUGUCUUACAAUGAGAACACCAUUUCUAUGCAAUGCAACUGUGAAUGUAAAUGUUAAAUGGAAACAGAAUGGUGUUACUGUAGCUGGAGGAAAUGGAAGCGGUAGUGGAAUGAAUCAACUCCAUUAUGCACAAGGUUUGUAUGUUGAUGAUGAUCAAACCAUCUACAUUGCUGACGGUUCAAAUCAUCGUAUUGUCGAAUGGAAAUAUGGUGCGACGACUGGUCGAAUUGUGGCCGGUGGGAAUGGACAAGGAAAUCAUCCUGAUCAGUUGGACAAUCCGAGCGAUGUGAUUAUUGAUAAAGAAGGUGAUUUUUUCAUCAUUUGUGAUCGUGGCAAUAAAAGAGUAGUUCGAUGGCCUCGUCAAAAUGGUGAAAAUGGAGAAACGAUCAUUUCAAAUGUUGGAUGUUGGGGCUUGACAAUAGAUGAUGAUGGAUUUCUCUAUAUUGCUGAUCAUGAUAAACAUGAAGUUAGACGAUAUCGAAUAGGAGAAAGCCAAGGAAAGGUGGUUGCCGGUGGGAAUGGAUCAGGUAAUCGUCUCGAUCAGUUGACUAGUCCAAAAUAUUUAUUUGUCGAUCGUGAUCAUUCAGUCUACGUAUCAGAUUCCUUUAACCAUCGUGUCAUGAAGUGGAUGGAAGGUGAAAAAGAAGGAAUUGUUGUGGCUGGUGGUCAAGGUCAUGGAAAUAGUCUUACACAAUUAAAUUAUCCUCAAGGAGUUGUCGUGGAUCAGACAGGUACUGUCUACAUAGCUGAUGAUAUGAAUCAUCGAAUAAUGCGUUGGUUUCAAGGUGCAACAGAGGGAAAUGUCAUUGUUGGCGGAAAUGGUGAAGGAAGCCAACCGAAUCAACUCUAUUAUCCAACCAGUUUGUCAUUUGAUCGAGAGGGAAAUCUCUACGUUAGUGAUCCAAGAAAUCAUCGAGUGCAAAAGUUCAACAUUGAUCAAAAUUGA